CAAAAAUGCGCCUGCGACAACAAGAAGGACUUCAUGAAUUUCAAGAUCUACCCGGACUGUGUGUCGGAGUCCCUCAUCGUCGCCACGUCGGAAGUCACCGGUGAGGCAUUCAUUGUCACUGUUGAAGCAUUCAUUGUCACCGUUGAAGCAUUUAUUGUCACCGGUGAGGCAUUCAUUGUCACCGUUGAAGCAUUUAUUGUCACCGGUCUGACGCCUCAAAGCAUCCUGGAGACUUUCGGGGAAUACUUCGUCCCGUUCGCCAUCGAGAGGGGGUAUGGAGACAUUUUCCAGACCAUGAGCAGGAGCUUCAAGGACUUCGUCGACAACAUCGAUUACCUCCACUGGUACCUGAUGUCGACCGCGUUCCCCGGCAUCUGCUCCCCCUCCUUCAGCUGCUUCGACGACCCGGACCACCGAGGAGGUCUCAUCCUCAACUAUUACUCCAGGCGGAAAGGGAUGCAUCAUCUCGCCGUCGGUCUGAUCCGAGAGAUCGGGCGGGAACUUUUCCACGUGGAGACCCAAUUCCAGCAGCUCCAGUACAAGGAGGAACCCCUGACGGAGGACUCCAGCCUCCAGUGCGUCAAGUACCGGCUCAUCCAGAUCCACACCGGGAUCCCCGGGAACGCCCUGGACGCGGGGACCGGCUCCAUCUGGGGAGUGGACCUGCCCGGGGCGCUGUCGCCGGUUCCUACAGGGGAGGAUGUCGAGCUGGAGCUGUCUCUGUUGGAGAAUGAUCUCGACUUCCGCAUCUUCGACAAACUUCAUCCAUAUCACAUCAUCUUCGACAAGUCAGUUGAACCCGAAUUCCCUUUUUUUUCGGAAUCCAAUUCAUCCCAGGCCUUCCAAAUUUCCCAGGCCCUCCAUACCUCCCAUGGCCCUCCAUACCUCCCAGGCCCUCCAUACCUCCCAGGCCCUCCAUACCUCCCAGGCCUUCAAUGCGGUUUCUCUCCGGUUGACAGGAAUCUCCAAGUAGUUCGAUGCGGUCCGGGGAUCUUGGACCUGUGCCCCGCCGCGAAAACACCCGGCGUGACCUUGACCUCCUUCCUCACCAUGACCUGGCCCCGGGUCCCCUUCACCUUGAGCAACAUCGAGAGGUUCCUCCGAAUCGUCUUCCAGUUUCAGGUCAGGGCGUCCAAGGAUGCCACCGACGGCACCGUCAUCAAGGGCGAGGUGCUGUGGCUGAACCCAGAGAAGCUGAUCCUCGUGGCCAGCCCCGUCGCGCGGGGCCUGAGCGAGCUCUCCACGCUGAGGAUGAGGCUCAGCGACAUCCCGAGAUACGACUCCACGAGGGAGCUCAUCCUGCUCAAGCAUCAGAGGGCGAUCGAGUUCGAUCUCAUGACGAAACUGGAGGAGACGACCGUGCAGCUGCAGGAGACGGCCGAGGAGCUGGAGGCGGAGAAGGACAAGACGGAGCGGCUGCUCACCUCCAUCAUCCCGGCCAAGGUCGUCAGCCAGCUGAAGGCGGGGCAGAAGGUCCACGAGGACUUCAAGCAAGUAACCAGUCGGGGAUUGGAGGGCUGUCCUCCGUCGUUGAAGCGAUUCCCUCGCCGAGGAACUUCUUGGCGAACUCGACUGGAAUGGGGAAACGCGUCUCGUUUCCUCUUCAACGUUGCCAUGGGAGUCUCGGACUUCGCUCAAGUCUCGGACUUCGCUCGAGUCUCGGACUUCGCUCGAGUCUCGGACUUCGCUCGAGUGCCGAUUCCGUUACUCCUGUUUUCGGACAUCGUGACGUUCACGGAGAUCGCGUCCCUCAGCACGCCGAACGACAUCGUGGACAUGCUCAACGCUCUCUACACCCGAUUCGACAAACUCACCGAAAUGAACCAGGUCUACAAGGUGGAGACAAUCGGCGAUGCAUACAUGGUAGUGGGCGGAGUGCCGGAGGCAGUGCCGGAUCAUGCAGAGAGGGUGGCGAGGCAGGCGUUCGGGAUGAUCCGCGUCUCGAGGGAGGUCCCUUCUCCCGUCACGCAGAAGCCACUUCAGAUCCGAGUGGGGAUUCACACGGGGUCGGUGGUGGCGGGGGUGGUCGGGGAGAAGUGUCCGAGGUAUUGCCUCUUUGGGGAUACGGUCAACACUGCGUCGAGGAUGGAGUCGCACGGGUUGCCGGGGAAGAUUCACAUCAGCCCCGAGACGUACAAAUGCUUGGCGCCGAAGAACUACAAGAUGGUGGAGCGGGGAACCGUCGCCAUCAAGGGAAAGGGAUUCAUGACCACCUACUUCCUCCUCCUCCCGGAGGAGGAGCUGCCUCCCCAGUCGGCCUCGAGGCGGGGCCGGCCUCGUGAAUUGAGAGACGGGAGGGAUGGAGGUGCGGAGACGGCAGGAGAGGGGAAACCGCCGGCCGUGGUUGUGGGUGCCGUGGUUGUGGGUGCCGUACCCAUGACUAGAUUCCGGAUUCGAAGGGGUCUUGCACUCUGCCAGCGUCUGGGUUGGGGGAUCAUGGGGGCCUCCUCCGCGUGGGAGCGGGGCUCGAUGUUCAUUUAG